AAAGUGGCUCAGUUGGACAAACAGGGAUCUGGGAACAGCUGAAAUGAAGAGCGAGCGCUCUAGUCCGUGUCUGCCUUUGGAUAUAAUAUCACCUACCUGUCCCUGUCACUCUGAUACUCCAAGACACUAACUGUGUCAGUCGGGAUAUGAUUUGUUCCAGAUUCCUCUAAAAAUCUUUAUUUUUCUGACUGUGGUAGCGGUAGUAGGGCUUUAAUUUAAGACAUCCUAAGACUUUUAAGCAGUGUCGUGCAAAUUAUUUAUUGAAGGAGCUGCAACGAGUAAAUCUUGAUUACCAAAGGUCUUCAUCUUCCUUCCCUGUCGGACGAUUUUGCUUGCGGUACACGGAACCUAAUCUACUAACAUCAGAUCUUUUGCGUCGUUAUCGAUGAACUCUAUAAAGGAUUCGUUGAAUCUGGACGCCCAUCUUUCCGGAAAUAAACUCAUCUCUUCUCAGCACACCGCGCUAGCUAUGGCUUCGAGUCUGCAGCCGUUGCAGCGGUCUGCAGACUCCAAGCACCGAUUGGAGGUGCACUCGGUCUCGGACACCUCCAGUCCAGAAUCAGUAGAGAAGGAAAAGACGCAGAGCAAGAACGAGGAUUCCUCCGAUGACCCGUCAAAGAAGAAAAGGCAGAGAAGACAGAGGACUCACUUCACCAGCCAGCAGUUACAGGAACUGGAGGCCACGUUCCAGCGGAAUCGCUACCCAGACAUGUCAACCAGGGAGGAAAUCGCCGUGUGGACCAACCUCACAGAGGCUCGAGUGAGGGUGUGGUUCAAGAACCGCCGGGCAAAAUGGAGGAAAAGAGAAAGAAACCAACAAGCUGAGCUAUGCAAGAACGGCUUCGGUCCUCAGUUCAAUGGACUCAUGCAGCCCUACGACGACAUGUACCCGAGCUACACGUAUAACAACUGGGCUGCCAAAGGGCUUACGUCGGCCUCAUUGUCCACCAAAAGCUUUCCUUUCUUCAAUUCCAUGAACGUCAACCCGCUCUCCUCUCAGACGAUGUUCUCCCCGCCGAACUCAAUCUCUUCCAUGAGCAUGUCCUCCAGCAUGGUGCCCUCUGCGGUGACUGGAGUGCCCGGUUCCAGCCUCAAUAGUUUAAAUAACUUGAAUAACCUCAGCAACCCGUCUCUGAAUUCGGGAGUCCCGACGCCGGCGUGCCCGUACGCGCCGCCGACUCCCCCUUAUGUAUAUAGGGACACUUGUAACUCCAGCCUGGCCAGCCUGAGACUGAAAGCGAAGCAGCACUCGAGUUUCGGAUACGCCAGCGUCCAGAAUCCCGCUUCUAACCUGAGCGCUUGCCAAUACGCGGUGGAUAGACCAGUCUAAUUGCUGACCAUCGAAAAGCCGAUUCACAGGAACAAGAGACUACAUUUUUUUCUGUUUAAUUAAACGGCACAAGAAGACUAAACCACUGAAACGAGCUAUACCCCGUGAUGGAGUUUUCAGACUUAAAGGAAAAUAUUAGACAUACUUCGAUAAGUAUUUUUGUGCUUCGCCAGUGAGUGCAGAAUUUGACUGGAUAUUUUAUUUUAUAAGGCUGUUAUUUUGAAGUUUUGAAUUAUGGACAUUUAAUGACUGAAAGGUUGUAAAUAUUAAAAUGUCACCUGCAUUUUAUAAAAGCGAAUGCUCUUGCUCUUCAGUGUUUUCAAAGGUUCAGUUUAACAAAGCAUGUGGAAAACGUAAAGGAAUAAUGUUUUGCUUGCAAACAAGGGAAUGUAUAUACUAAACCCACCAGUUGUGUAUUUCUAAUAUUAUAAAUUUAUUAUUAAAUGUCUGUGUGAAUAUCGGUUUUAGAGUAGACAUUCUGAUUAUCAAGACGCAUCAAAUGUUCCUGCGAAAUUAAAUAGAAUUUGCUUUGUGUAUACUA